AUGCCCGAUUUGAUCAAACCGAAUGGAGGGCUGCAGUCUGAUGUCGUCGCCGCGUCCGCACGCGGUAAUCCGUUAGUCGUGCCGGCGGGACCAGCAUCGAAUCCUGUACAGGCGUCAAGUAAUCCAACUGAAAAGAAGAGUUCGAAGAGCACUCUUCGGCCUGGUGAGCUCCUCGAUUCUUCUGAAACAUUUGGUGAGCGCCGCCAGCAGCAUUCAUCAAAAUUGCCAUUAACUAGCGGAGGCGGAUGGAGUGCGCAUUUGAAUUCCGGCACCAAGUCCCGGUCAGACGAAAACCCAGGCUCAAUUCUUGCAGCAGCAGGGCCCAUUCUGGCGGGGCAGGGAAUCCGAGGCUUGCAGUUGGACUCAAGAAAGGACGACAUGGCAAACGUCUCAGAGCAAAUGAAACGAAUCGACUGCUCGGCUGAAACCGGACGGCGAAGACACAAACGAGGGAUUGAAAGUUUGAAACCAGUGAAUGGAGCUCGUGGCUCUGUUGAAGAUGGUGACGGUACAGCCUCAGUUAGCAAAGCGCAGAGGGUGGGGGAAGCGGGCAGCUCCAGCGGUGUGCCAAAGAAGCGUGAGCGAUCUCGAGCGCGUGAAAGAAAUGCCGCACCUGGAAAUGUUGCAGUUGGCCAGGAGAAGGGGCUUGCCCAGCAGGCGUUUUCAGGUCGAGUUGAACUCUCUGCGUAUUCUGGUCAUCGAAUUGUGGCGUAUAUCGGCGAUCAAGAGUUGACUGGAUGGGUUCUUGAUGCUGAAAUGCCUCCAGCACAGGAACAGAAGGCCGAUGUUCAGAAAAGCAUUGAUAGUCAGGCUCGCCAUUACUCAAAGCGUCUACCUGAUCCGCCUCGAGUGAACGCGCGAGUUCGUUCGCGAAAAGCCCCGGUCUCUCAACUUUCUCGUCGAGUCGUGCCUUUGAACAAAGGGCCAUCAUCGAACAAGGAGAACGAUAGGUCUUGGAACACUGCAUCUCUGAUGGCUUCAGAUGUUCAAGCGAGAAGCAUAAUUGUUGUAGGCGCAGGAAUAUCGGGUAUUGCUGCUGCGAGAGCACUCUCUGAUCGGGGCUUUCGUGUUACUGUGUUAGAAGCACGGGGUCGGUCUGGUGGGAGGAUUGCUACGGACUGGUCCAUGGGUUGUCCUGUAGAUCUCGGUGCAGCGUUUAUUCAUGGAUCAGUCGGAAACCCGCUAACAGAAAUUGUCCAGGAGGCUGAACUGCGCACCUACACCCCAAGCGAUGUCGGCACUUUGUUGUAUGCUAACGGUGACAAGGUUGCAAAUGACGUGGACAAGCGCGCAGAGGGUAUAUGGAAGGCGCUCGUGCGAAGAGCGGGGAAGAUAUCAAAGAGCCAGUUUUUAGAGCAUCCGCGUUUAGACAUAGCUCUUGGAAAGCUAUUGAACCGACUGAAAGAGGAGGUUAAGGACGGCUGCCUCGACAAAGUCAGCCAACUGCUCGCUUGGCAUGCCGCGAAUCUUGAAAUGGCAUGUGCAGCCGAACUGCCAGAACUCAGUGCCAAGUUUUACGACAUGGAUGACCGAUUUGGCUUUUCAGGAAAUCAUAGAUUGCUUCGGGAUGGAUAUUCUUCAAUUAUACACGCGCUAGCCCGAAAUCUGGACAUUAGAUAUAAUACUCCGGUUGUGGCCAUUCAAAGAGAUAUUCCAGUGCAAGUAUUGAUGGGAAACAAAGGGCAAGCGAAAAAGGAAAAGAAAAAGGCUGUAGCGAAGAGGCAGAAUGAAUCACUUGCGCAUAGUAUAGCUCAUGGAAACCGCGAGGACCGUAUCCGCUAUUUGGACGGUAUCACCAAGGGUGCGAAAGGUCGAAUCGGAAAAAUGAACAUGCCAGUGACGGAGAGUACGAAACAGGCAUAUGGGGUUAGGGUCACCGCUUCCGACGGACAAGAAUUUGUUGCCGAAUCCUGCAUUGUCACGUUGCCUCUCGGCGUCCUUCAGAAUGGUGAUGUGUCAAUAUUUCCUCCGCUGCCCGCGUGGAAAAACAAUGCGAUGCACAACAUCGGUUUUGGCCUGGUGAACAAAGUCAUUCUUAGAUUUCAAACACCUUUUUGGAUUGAUGGAUCAAUGACGGGCAGUGGGAAGAAGGAAGGCGAAAUUCUGGAUCAGAUUGGUAGGGUAUCAGAGGAGCACGGGGUUUUCUCCAUUUUCCUUUCUUUGUGGCGAUGUCUGGGCGCACCUGUUUUAGUAGCGGUGACGUCCGGGAGGUUUGCGGAACACAUCGAGAAAAUCUCAGACGAAGAGGUGGUAGGCAUGGCUAUGAACGCGUUGAAGAAGAUGUUUCCGGAUAAUCCUCCAAGUGAUCUCUUAGGACACACAGUGACGCGGUGGAAGACUGACCGAUACGCCCGCGGUUCGUACUCCUUCGCUGGAGUUGGGACAACGCCGGAUGAUUAUGUCAACAUGUCUAGACCGGUAGGAUCGACACUACAUUUUGCCGGAGAGGCAACGCAUCGAAGACACCCUGCGACGGCACAUGGUGCGUAUAUGAGUGGGGUGAGAGAGGCGGCCAGAAUCAUAGAGAAUAGCCCAAUCGAAGAGCACGACCGGCUGCAGUACGCACGGGAAUUAUUUUUGCUUCAAGAGCCACAUGGUUCCUUUAACCAAAAAAUAGAAGGAGAGGAAUUGAUGGAGGUUGAAGAAGUCGAUUAUGGCGCAACAGAUAUGGAGCGUCCUGUACAAUCAGCUGGAAAAGCGAAAUCGACGGCAAACGGUCGUCGGCGUCGGUCUGGGAGCAGCUAGUGCGCGGGAGGCGAUCCCAUCUAGGGGCCAGUGUCAUUUUGGAUUUAAGUAAAUAUUAGAACAAGACAUCUGAAACUGCAGGCUAUGAGGAUAUUUGGAACCAGGUGCGAUGGUCUUGAGUCUGAAGGGUUUCGAAGAGCUUCGUAUCCUCAUAGCUGCAGAUGAGUGCUUAUGUUCCUGCUCGGCUUGGUUCUUGAGGCAGACGAGGCGAGCCUGUUUGUGGGUUUCUGAACAGUGAAUGUCAUCACACAGCAUGUUUAUCCCACUGAUUUUCUAGCAUGAUUAACUGAGAUACAAAUGGAAGCUGAAUGCAUAUCAAGAGGCCGGGUGGAUACGCCAGCAACGAAUGAAACAUUUACCGCACUCGCAACCCACCGCCUGUGUUGUAAUUUCUCGUCCUUUUAACGUUUGUAUGACGAUAUGUCACAUGACCAGUUCAGUGAAGUGCUCUCCGCGGAUACGCCUUCGGUAGCACUUAUGAUGAGCAUCCCUUAAGACUUUACUUCUGCUUCUCUUUGUUUAACCACACGCAAGUUGUCGAGGGCUGGAAUGAAAGAGCAAAGCGGAAAAUGGCACUGUGCCUUCGUAAUGGAGCUCUUGCUAAGUCGCCGACGUUUUGAACAGAAGACCUUUAAGAACAGAUGGCCCGCAUCCACAGUUGUAAACACGUAAAACAACCCUGUGUUCCAGAGUCGCACAAACAUGGAACCACUACUUGAAUUAAACUCCCUUUUGUGC